AUGGCAGGAAUAUCUUGGCUGCUGCUUCCUCUGUCAUGCCUGGCGGCCUCUCCCAUCAUCGAUGAAGCAAGGUCUCUUGGUUCCAACGAGCGCGGGAGGCUCGAGGAAAAUCUCAACAAGUUCGAGGAGGAGACCAACUAUCGCGUCCGUGUUCUGACAAUCGACGAGAGGCGCCUGGACGAGAAGCUGACGAGGGAGCAGGUCAAGAAGGCCUGGAACCUGCCUGACGAGAGGAGCCUCAUCGUCAUCCUCCAGGCUGGCAAGGGUAACGUGCUGAGCUUCAACGCGGGGGCAGAGGUGUCGAAGCUGCUUCCUGCCCGGUUCUUCAACGAGCUGAGCGGGAGGAUGGGGAACGUGUACUCCAUCGGAGAGAGCGGAGAGAACAGCGCGAUCGAGGAGAGCGUCUCUAUCAUUGAGAAAUGCCUUCGCAAGGGAGGGUGCGCGCUAGUGCCGGGGAUCGGGGAGGACCAGUAUUAUGCGACCCUUGCCUGUACCUCCAUGUCCGGCCUGAUCUUCGGACUAGCGUCGCUGGCAUCUUACAAGGAGUUUCAAAAGAAGCCGAAACAGAGGGAGCUCUUUUAUCAGUAUACUCCUGUCUUCCUGUCCCCGCUCUGGGGAGUUUUCCUCAGCCUCGGAAUUCAGCCGCUCAUUGCUCGUGAUGCUGACUUGCACUACACAUUGCAGAAUGCAGGAGACGGGCCAUCCCCGCCAUCAGGAGGGAGGAGAGAGAGACUGGUCUUUCAGGAGGUGUCGGUCAGCACCGAGACCGAAGAUUGAGAUGGUGGAGAUGAACAGGAAAUGUUUGCAGAGCACUCUUUGCCAUAACAUUUAUGAUAAAAGACAUGAACAUCG